UUUCUCCUUCAACCAAGAGAAACAAAACAACACAACACAACAUUCAUUCAAUUCAUUCAUUGAUAUAAUAAAAAAAACUGUCACAAAGUUAAGAAAGAGAAAAAAAAAAGAUGAUUCAUUCUAUUUGUUGUCAAGAUUAACACAAAAGGAGAUAGACCCAGAUACAUAUUUGGGUCGGGUUCGGGUUCCUCGGAUCCGAUUCUUUUGUUCUAGUGCUGCUGGUGGUGGUUGAGCUCCCUUCUGUGUCAUUCUUUCAUGUUAAAUUUUUCAUCUUGACAAUUCAUCAUUUUCUAGGUUAGGUGUUUAAUUAAGUGAGGUUUGAAUGGCUGGGAUUGAUGAAAAUCUUGCACUUAAUGGUGAUUGGGGUCUUCCUAGUCCAAGUCCAAGGACCCUGUUUUCUAGAAUGUUAGAAGAAGAAAACAAUGUAAUAAGACCAAAUUCAGAACAUUCUGGAAAUGGUAGGACUGAGGCACAAGAUGGUGAUUCCGGUACACAAUUGAGCGACAUGAGUUAUCCGACCGAGCAAAAAUCGAGUUCGCGGGGUGGCCUUGUUGAUAGAAUUGCUGCUAGAACUGGAUUUAAUGCUCCAAGGCUGAAUACAGAAAGCAUUAGAUCUACUGAACUUUCACUCAAUUCUGAGAUUCAGUCUCCUUAUUUAACUAUACCGCCUGGUCUUAGUCCUACUACACUUUUAGAUUCUCCUGUGUUCCUUGUGAAUUCAUUGGCACAACCAUCUCCAACAACAGGAAAGUUUCCAUUUGUUUCAAACGGCAACAUCCGCUGCACAGAAUUAUCAUCCGAUGUUCAAGAAAAAUCUAAGCAGAAUGGCUUUAAUGAUAUCUAUGCAUCAUCCUUUGCUUUCAAGCCUGCAACUGAUUCGGGGCCCUCUUUUUAUCAUGGUGCUGGUAGAAAUAUAAAUCCAACAACAUUUUCUCAGCAAUCCCUUCAUGGUAUUGAAGCUUCAGUUCAAUCUCAAAGAGUUGAUCCAGUCAAAGUUCAAACUGAGAACAAAAGUAGCCUCCAUCUUAAGGCAGAGUUCUCCAACUCUCCACCUCAAAAAGACAAUUCUCCACCAAUGGAAGAGCAAGCAGAUGAAGAGGGAGAACAAAGAGUCAACGUUGACUCUUUGGUUGCUGGUACUCCAUCAGAAGACGGAUAUAAUUGGAGAAAAUAUGGCCAAAAGCAAGUUAAGGGUAGCGAGUAUCCUCGAAGUUACUAUAAGUGUACUCAUUCAAAUUGCCCGGUUAAAAAGAAAGUAGAACGUUCUCAUGAGGGCCAUAUAACGGAGAUAAUCUAUAAGGGGGCACAUAACCACCCGAAACCUCCUCCAAGUCGCCGGGCAGGCAUAGGGCCCACUAACUCCCAUGCUGACAUGCAAGGGGACAAUCCUGAACAUGGUGAACCACAGGGUGGUGGCGACGGUGAUCGCGGCUGGGCUAAUUUACAAAAGGGAAAUAUAGCUGGAGCUGGUAAUUGGAAGCCUGACAACCUUGAAGCGACAUCAUCUCUCAACCCCGAGUACGGUAACCAGUCUACCAAUCUGCAAACUCAAAAUGGUACUGCUCACUUUGAUUCAGGAGAUGCAGUGGAUGGCUCAUCUACGUUUUCUAACGAAGGGGAAGAUGAUCAAGCUACUAAUGGUAGUGUAUCGUUAGCUUACGAUGUGGAAGGAGAUGAAUCAGAGUCUAAAAGAAGGUACUUCAUACUUGUCAUUGCUGCUGCCGCAGUUUCUUUUCUUUCGUUUUUUUUUUGUGUGAAACAUAUUAUUGGUUCGCAUUCAAAAUCCACAAUUGAUUUUCUCAGGAAACUGGAAUCAUAUGCCGAAAUGAGUGGAGCUACUAGAGCCAUUCGUGAGCCUAGAGUUGUUGUGCAGACUACCAGCGAAGUAGAUAUCCUUGAUGAUGGUUAUCGAUGGCGCAAAUAUGGGCAAAAAGUUGUCAAAGGAAAUCCCAACCCAAGGAGUUACUACAAGUGCACCAAUGCAGGGUGCACUGUAAGGAAGCAUGUGGAGAGAGCAUCACAUGACCUUAAGUCUGUGAUCACCACAUAUGAGGGAAAACACAAUCACGACGUCCCUGCUGCUCGUUCUAGCAGUCAUGUCAAUGCGAACGCUUCUAACGCAGGUCAAGGGCAAGCUUCUGGUCUUCUUCAAAACCAUGUUCAUAGAAAUGAACCAUCUCAAAUUCACAAUGGCAUUGGAAGGCCUUCAUUUGGCUCAUUCAACCUACCCGGAAGACAGCAGCUAGGUCACCCGCACGGCUUCUCCUUUGGCAUGAAUCAACACCUGUCGAACCUUGCAAUGUCGGGAUUAGGCUCUUCUUCGCAAGCAAAGUUUCCUGUAAUGCCUAUGAAUCCAUUCAUGGCGCAACAACAACGUCCCGCAAAUGAAAUGGGGUUCAUGUUACCAAAGGGAGAACCAAAUGUGGAUGCUAAUCCUGAACGCAGCGGCCUUAACAUGCAUAAUGGUUCGUCAUCAAUGUAUCAAGAUAUUAUGAAUCACAUGCCGCUUGGACCUCACAUGUAAAAUUUUAUUCUCUUUUAUAUUUUUCAAAAGCAAACUGAUAUUUUACAUUUCAUGAUUUACAUAUAUAUACACAUAUGUAAUGAUCAGACAUACAUAGGUGGACUUCACAUUAGUCUUAUUGUAAUGUGUUACAUUAUUCUUCACAUAUCAGUUAAUUUUGAGUUUGAUAUGACAGAUA